GGCUGUUUCAAUAGUCAUUGUGAGUUUGAGCAGAGAAGAGUGUUUAUUCCACGACAGUUGUUAAGUCGUCUUACGUGAAAAUUACACAUAGCGAGAAGCUUUCAAACAAAAGAGCACCAUGCAGAUUUUCGUGAAGACAUUGACGGGGAAGACCAUAACUCUUGAAGUUGAGGCUUCUGACACUAUUGAGAAUGUAAAAGCAAAGAUCCAGGAUAAGGAAGGUAUCCCACCUGAUCAGCAGCGUUUGAUCUUUGCCGGAAAGCAGCUGGAAGAUGGACGUACUUUGUCUGAUUACAAUAUUCAGAAGGAAUCCACUCUCCAUUUAGUUCUCAGAUUGCGUGGUGGAAUGCAGAUCUUUGUCAAAACCCUGACAGGAAAGACCAUCACGUUGGAAGUUGAGGCGUCAGACACGAUCGAGAAUGUCAAGGCCAAAAUUCAAGACAAAGAAGGAAUCCCCCCAGAUCAGCAGAGAUUGAUCUUCGCUGGAAAACAACUUGAAGACGGCCGUACGCUUUCUGACUACAAUAUUCAGAAAGAAUCCACAUUGCAUUUGGUUCUCCGUUUACGUGGUGGUAUGCAAAUUUUCGUCAAAACUCUGACAGGAAAGACCAUCACGUUGGAAGUUGAGGCGUCAGACACGAUCGAGAAUGUCAAGGCCAAAAUUCAAGACAAAGAAGGAAUCCCCCCAGAUCAGCAGAGAUUGAUCUUCGCUGGAAAACAACUUGAAGACGGCCGUACGCUUUCUGACUACAAUAUUCAGAAAGAAUCCACAUUGCAUUUGGUUCUCCGUUUACGUGGUGGUAUGCAAAUUUUCGUCAAAACUCUGACAGGAAAGACUAUCACAUUGGAAGUUGAGGCGUCAGACACUAUUGAGAAUGUCAAGGCCAAAAUUCAAGACAAAGAAGGAAUCCCACCGGACCAGCAGAGGUUGAUCUUCGCCGGAAAACAACUUGAAGACGGUCGUACACUUUCUGAUUACAACAUUCAAAAGGAAUCUACCUUGCAUCUGGUCCUUCGUCUACGUGGUGGUAUGCAAAUUUUCGUCAAAACUCUGACAGGAAAGACUAUCACAUUGGAAGUUGAGGCGUCAGACACUAUUGAGAAUGUCAAGGCCAAAAUUCAAGACAAAGAAGGAAUCCCACCGGACCAGCAGAGGUUGAUCUUCGCCGGAAAACAACUUGAAGACGGGCGUACACUUUCUGACUACAAUAUUCAGAAGGAAUCCACAUUGCAUUUGGUUUUGAGGCUUCGCGGUGGUAUGCAGAUUUUUGUCAAAACUCUCACUGGUAAAACUAUCACGCUGGAGGUCGAAGCUUCAGAUACGAUCGAGAAUGUCAAAGCUAAAAUUCAGGACAAGGAAGGUAUCCCACCGGAUCAGCAGAGGUUGAUCUUCGCCGGAAAACAACUUGAAGACGGGCGUACACUUUCUGACUACAAUAUUCAGAAGGAAUCCACAUUGCAUUUGGUUUUGAGGCUUCGCGGUGGUAUGCAGAUUUUUGUCAAAACUCUCACUGGUAAAACUAUUACGCUGGAGGUCGAGGCUUCAGACACGAUCGAAAACGUGAAGGCGAAAAUUCAGGAUAAAGAAGGCAUUCCUCCCGAUCAACAAAGACUGAUUUUCGCGGGCAAGCAGCUAGAGGAUGGACGGACUUUAUCAGACUAUAAUAUUCAGAAAGAAUCUACACUUCACCUUGUACUUCGACUUAGAGGCGGAGAUGUCUGAUUCCAUUGUGAUCUCUACUAAAGCGUCGCAUUGUAUUAAAUUGUUUAAUUAUAUUAUAAAUUCUAUUACCUGAGUUUUAAUUUUAUUAAUUCGCGUAUACAAAUCUUUCGUAGGAAAUGAUGAAUAAAGAAAUUAAUUUUACAUGCUAA